AUGCAUUCAACCAGCCUAUUCACAAAUCCAUAUGCAAUUGAAGUCCUAAAGACUAAAAAAGAAGAGCUCGUAGAAGGCAUAACCCACCCAGACCAUCUUCUGAACUGGCUGAUAGACAAUGGUGUUUUUACCCCAGAGAAAAAGAUGGUCAUGAGUUUCUACAGGACACGAACAGAAAAGAACUCUCGAGUUUUAGACCUACUGAUGUCUCAUGGUGAACGAGCCUGUAGGCUCUUUUUUUAUCCAUGUUUAAAGCAAGUGGAGCCAAAACUUUACAGCAAGAUAAGAAAAUAUGUCAGUGAAGUAAAUGAAAGCAUUGGAGAUGCUAGAAGACAAUUAGUGGGAUAUUUACUUGAAAAAGACAAGGUUUGGUUUGAAAGUAGCAAUGAAUGGCACCAGGGAAAAAAGGACAGUCCUAGAAGAAAAAGGAAAGAAUGGACUAUUAGGAAGAAAGGAAAACAACUUCAACUGUCAAGGACAGCAAAACCUAGAAAAGAUCACACUGAUGUUGGCAUCUUUGAUGCAGUCACUAAGGGCAAUCUUUCUGAGUUAGAAAAGACAUUGAAAGACAAUGACAUUAAUGCGCUAAACUCCUCAAGUGAAACACUUUUGCAUGUUGCAGCUGCUAAUGGACAUGCAACUGUAAUGGAAUAUUUGAUCAGCAAAGGUGCAAAGGUAGAUGUGAAAGACAAUAAUGGAAGAACACCACUGCACAGGGCUGCUGAGAAAGGCCAUGCUGAUGCAGUGAAAGCGCUGCUCCAAUCUGGUGCUUAUCUGUACAGUUUGGAUAUGAAAGGCAAGACACCACUCCAUUUGGCUGCACAGAAUAACCACAGUCACAUAGUGAAGAUACUCGUGGAAGAAGAGGCAAGAAGCUACAGGAACCAGCACAACUUUUUGCACAUGGCAGCUCUUAAAGAUGAAAGCAGUCUGGCAAAAAUGCUUUUGAAGGCUGGUGCCUCCGUUGAUGGAAAAGACGAAAAGGGACAGCCUCCUCUUAGUCAUGCUGUGUCUCACGGGUCUGAAAACACUGCAAAAGUACUGCUAGAAGCAGGAGCCAGUGUUGAUUCCAACAUGGCUGAAAGAGCCUUCAACAGCAACCACCCAUCCAUCUUCAAAAUACUACUAGAAUAUUCCAAAGAUUUUCCAUCUGAAGUAAUGGAAUCAGCUCUUUUUAGAGCUGUGCAGAAAAAUCUGCCUGGUAUUAUAGCUGCUUUAAUCGACAGAGGUACAGAUAUCGAUGCUCUCAAUGACAUGAGGUACACUCCUUUACUUUUGGCAUGUGAAAUGGGCAAAGCUGAAGCUGCAGAAGUUCUAAUCACGAAGGGAGCAAACUUUGGAAUGAGGACUCCUGCUUCAGACACAGCUUUGCACUUGGCAGUUCAAGCUGGGGCUGCUUCCACUGCACAUCUGCUUCUGCACAAGGGGAUGGAAACUAACCUGAGGAACCAAGCCCAUGAAACCCCACUCCAUGUUGCUGCCCUUCAUAAUAAAGGUGCAUUAGUUGGACUUCUAGUUAAUGCUGGGGCCCAAAUUAAUGCUGGCACUAAAGAGUUUGUUACUCCCCUGCAUAUUGCAAGUCAAAGAGGUAGCACUGAUGCUGCCCAACAGCUCUUGCACCACAAAGCCCAUGUUAAUGUUAAGGAUAAGCAGUUAAAAUCCCCUUUACAUUUUGCUGCUGAAAGGGGAGACAGAACAAUGGUAGAGAUGCUUCUGAAUGCUAAAGCUGACCCCAAUGCACAAGAUAAAGAGAAGAAGACUCCCCUGCACACCGCAGCUGUGAGAGGACAUCUCGGCAUUGUGGAAGUUCUGUUAGCAGGAAAAGCAAGAUUUGGAGUUAAGGACAUGGAUGGAUGCACUCCAAUGCACUAUGCAGCCAACCAGGGAAACAUAGAGAUUGUAAAAAUUCUUCUGGCAUCAGGGAAAAAUAAAAAUAUUGAUGAUAGAAACAUUUGGAGAAAGACUGCACUGCAUAUUGCAGCAGAGCACGGGCACAGUGACCUGAUCAAUGUGUUGCUGAGCCACGGGGCAGCCAUUAAUGCCUCAGACAGCAGCAGGGACACGGCGCUGCACUGUGCAUGCAAGGCUGGUCACUUGAAUGCUGUGAAUGCCCUCCUGAACUGGUCACAAGGAGAAAGAGCAAAUUUACUGGCUGCUAACGGUCUUCAAAAGACCCCACUGCAAGUAGCAGAGUUUAAUAUAACAGAAAAUCAGGCUCAAAUUGUAACACUUUUGAAGAAGAAAAUGUUAAUAACAAAAUGA